GAAAGAUCCUGAAAAAAUUUCCAGAGUCUGCAAGAAAACCCAGGCCAUUUUCUCUGCUUCUCUCCAAAAUCCCCUCUCUCUCUCUCUUCUGGCCAUGGCCUCCAUUUCUAGGGCAAACCGAACGGUCGAGCCCAGAUGGGGUGGAAAAAUCCUUCGUAGAAGGCGGGCGCCUGCAACCUCUCCCUAUCACCGGCCGAGCCCCCCUCGCCGCCCUCGAUCCCCUUCCCCUACCUCCAGCUCGAUCUUCGGCCUUUUCGCCUCAGGCGCCGGCAAGCUUCUCUCAUCUGUCUUCCGCCGCAGCAGUUCCAGCUCCUCCUCUGAUGACGACGACGAUGAUGAGGAUGAAGAUGAUAGCAAUGACGACGAUACUAUUCAUUCUAAUGAGGCCGAGGAAUUAAAUCAGCAGGAUGGGAUGACACCAGUGUCAAAUAAUGACCACGCAAUUGUUACUCAACAAAUUUCUCAAACGAGUGAAGCCAAACUUGUGAUUGAAAAAUUACUUCUGCAGGAGACAUUUUCGAGGGAAGAAUGCACUAGACUAGUGAAGAUAAUUCAAUCGCGAGUUGUAGAUUGUCCUACCAUGAAAGUGGGUGAGGUUGCAAAAACACGAAAAGAGCUGCAUGAGAGAUCUGUUGGUGGUGGCAUUGCAUCUCCACGAGCCUGGCUUUCAUUAUCAGAGAUAAGAAAAUCGUCUGUAGCAUUUCCUUAUUCGGCCGGUAGUUUGAGUGCUCUUUCUCCUGGAGCCUUUGCCCUCCAAUCACACGGGCUCGAUCUUCACAAUGCUGCCAUUAUGGAGGCGAAGAAAUGGAUUGAGGAGAAGAAGUUGGAAUCAAGUUCAAAUUCAGCACUAGACCAUGGACCCUGCACUCUGAACACUGCUGUGCUGCCACAUGUUACUGAAGAUGGAGUGGCUUCACCAGUGGAUAUGGCGAAAUCAUAUAUGCGUGCACGGCCGCCAUGGGCUUCUCCAUCUUUGAGCAACAUUGGAUUCAAAACGCCACCACCUAUAGGAAUGCAUCUAUACAAGGAUGAAACACCAUAUGCUAUGGGUGGUUAUUCUUUGCCCUCAUCGAAGGAUUUGGAAGAGGCUCAAUGGAUGAAGGAACAAGUAGGAAGUGGUAUUGUUUCUCAUGAAUCUCUCACUCCAGAUUUGGUGCCAGGGGAGCAUAAUGGUAAUAUUAUUACUCUUUACGAACGUCGAAUUUUAGGUGAAGGAGAUCCCUCGACACAGUUGUUGAAUUCUGAACUGAAAGUCUUGCCAUUCAAAGAAGUCAAGUUAGCAUUCCCAAGUGAUGGUGAUGGUGUCGUCAACCCCAAUGAUGCUCAUGAUUCUAGCAUACAAAUGAGUUCCCAGCCUAACUCUUCACAGCCACAUCAGCUAUCUGGUCUCAAAGAAACGCAUCCUACCCUCGAUUCAAGAUUCCAGGGUGGAGACAAUCAGAUGCAGAAAAAAGAAAAUGGAUUGGGAAGCGGGAUUGAUGCAAAUGGUUCUCUCUCUUCGGAGUCCAGUUUGUCUUCAGGAUUGAAGAAUGAAGAUCCAGGUCUGAGACCGUCUAACAAGACAGGCUCGAAUUCAAUCAGCCCAAGUGAUGGCAAGUUGGCAACUGGUGACCCAAUGGAAACUUGUGAGCUUUUGAGCGAGGCAUCUGUGGACAUCCCGGAGACGGAUGAAAUGAAUCAUGUUGUGGAUGGAUUGCAAGAUGCCGCUAGUGGAGAGCCUGAUAAGCAGCUUGGGAUCCAACCUCGACAGACACUGAGUGCCGUGAAGCGGGGAAAGAAGGCAGGAGGGUAUUACAGGAGAGUUCGUGGAAGGGGUAAGUGAUGGGUCUUUUGUAGCUUGUGUUGUACUGAUUAUUGUACACUAUUUAGGAGGAACAAAAUUCUCAGUCAGGUCUUUUUGAAGUUACAGUUGUUUUUUCCCCCCUCCUCUCCUGACUUAAUCAGGCAAAAUAUUUAAGUGAGUUCCACAUUGGCAAAUGAUGUACCAUUUCAAGAUCUAUUGAUCUUUCACAAGAUUGGGGAUUUUUUGUGGCUUAA